AUGGACAUAGAGAUGGACGUCUACAAGGCCUUGCAGAAGGUACUGAAUUGUGUUAUCUGCUUGAAUACCUUGAUUGACCCGGUCACCAUAGUCUGUGGGCACACUUUCUGCCGACCAUGUCUCUACCUGGCCUGGGAGGAAGCCCAGAAUCCAGCCAGGUGCCGGGUCUGCAGGGCUCCAUCCCAGAAGAGAGACCUCAAAACCAACAUCAAGAUCAAGAAUCUGGUGUCCAUUGCUAGAAAAGCCCGCCUCCGGCAGUUCCUGAGCUCUGAGGAACACAGGUGUGAGACACACCAGGAGCCAAAGCAGAUGUUCUGUGAGGUGGAAACCAAGUUGCUGUGUAAACUCUGCUCCCGGUCUCCUGAGCACCAGGCUCAUCAACACAGUGCCAUUGAAGAGGCUGCUGAGGCCCACCGGGAGAUGAUUUUAAAACAAAUGACAUCUUUAUGGGACAAGAUACAAGACAACCAGAGAAACGUAUGUAAAGAGACUGUAGUAAUCUACAAGUGGAUUUCUUAUAUGCAUACAUACAGAAGGAUCAUCCACAGUAUGUAUGAGAUGCUGCUUCCACAAUUGCAGGAGGAGGCAAAGACCCAUUCAGAGACACUUAUCAAUGAAGAACGUGUGACUCUAGAGAAACUUAAAACAAGGGAAAUGGAAAUGCUUAAUAAGAAGACACAACUCAGAAAAAUGUAUCAAGAGCUGAUGAAAACAUACCAAAUUCCAUAUGUGAAACUCCUCAUGGACUGGAAAUAUACACGAGCUAGAUGUGAGUCAUUGUUGGUAUAUCUGCCCCAGCCAAUGAAUCCAAAGCUCCGUGCUCUUCCCAUCUCUGGACUGGAGACACAGAAUCCUGGUAUGACGCUGUUUGAUGAAGUGAGAAAAUUUACUAAUGGCAAUGACAGUGAUGACAAUGGUGCAUUUUUGAAUUCCGAUGGAUCCAACUGCUCCAUUGCAUGGGGUGUCCAGAGGUUCAACUCCUGGAAACAUUACUGGGAGCUGAGUGUGGAUGACUCUAAGGACUGGGCAGGGAACCAGGAUGCCUAUCUGUUUACCACCUCACCACUUUUGACUCAGUUUAUAGAGAGGCCUGUGGGCAGGGUUGGUGUGUUUCUCGACUUUGAAGAUGGAAGUCUGAGUUUUGUGAAUGUUGCUAAGGGCUCCUUUAUCUGGAAGUACCCGCCGGGCACCCUCCAGUUUUCUGUCCGCCCAUUUUGUUCUACUGGUCCUACAGCAUGA